AUGGAGGCGGGCGGCGUGGCGGACACGCUCCUUUCCGGAGCUUGCGUGCUCUUCACCCUCGGCAUGUUCUCCACCGGCCUGUGAGAGCGCGGCCGGUCGGGGUUGGGGCAGGACCAGGAAGCCAGGAAAGGAGCGAGAGGGGACGGAGACGUGGCUGCAGCCCCAGGCUGCGUCCGGAACCUGGGGUCAAAGUGGAAUCGGGUCGAGGGGACCGGGGUACCAGGGCGAGGCUGGUCACUUGACCCGAAGAAAGCCAGGGAGCUGAGGGGCGGAACCGGGGGUCUGCAGUUUUCAGGGGAGGAUGACAGGCCUUUGGGGAACUCCACUCCCCAGCAGCCUGGUUCUCCCUUCCCCUCACCCCUGCCUUCGGGGCACUAUUACAGCUCGGACCUCAGACACAUGUGGAUGACCCGGAGAGUGGACAAUGUCCAGUUCCUGCCCUUUCUCACCACGGAUGUCAAGUGAGAGGGAUGACAGCUGCAGCGGGAAAGACUGUCUGAGAGGGGGGUGGGAUGGGGUGAGGACUGUGGAAGAGGCCCCUCGGGUCCCCUCCCACAUUCAACCCCGCGGCAAAUGUCCAUCCCCUCCAUCCUACAGCAACCUGAGCUGGCUGAGUUAUGGGGCCUUGAAGGGAGACGGGACCCUAAUCGUCGUCAACGCCGUGGGCGCUGUGCUUCAGACCAUAUAUAUCUUGGUGUAUCUGCACUACUGCCCUCGGAAGGGUACUGUGCUCUUACAGACUGCAACCCUGCUGGGGGUCCUUCUCCUGGGUUUUGGUUACUUUUGGCUACUGGUGCCAAACAUUGAGGCCAGGCUUCAGCAGCUGGGCCUCUUCUGCAGUGUCUUCACCAUCAGUAUGUACCUCUCACCAUUGACUGACUUGGCCAAAGUUAUUCAGACCAAAUCAACCCAACGUCUCUCUUUCUCACUGACCAUUGCCACCCUUCUCACCUCUGCCUCCUGGACUCUCUAUGGGUUUCAACUCAGAGAUCCCUACAUCAUGGUGCCCAACCUUCCAGGAAUCCUCACCAGCUUCAUUCGCCUCUGGCUUUUCUGGAAGUACCCUCAGGAGCAAGACAGGAACUAUCAACUCCUACAAACCUGACCACAGGACUCCUUAAUGCCAACCUAUUACCAAAGAGGUUCAAACCAACCUGUUUCAGCUGUUCCUGCUGACCAGCUUCAUGUGUGCCAUGGGUUAUGGAAAAGAAACAACUUUGAAAAUCUGGGGACCAAAGAGCUUUACUUAAAGAGGGUGGGACCUGGGAGAUGAAGCACUUAUUUUUUAGAUAUUAUAUUUUUUAAUUUUGGAGAUUGGGGUGAAAUCUUUAGAAUGUGCCUUAAAAUAAACUGUUCCCUACCCCUGCCCA